GACUUUGAUCAAGGUAGCAUCGUCUCAUUCGACGACGAUGUCAGUAUCAGCGACUCAGCACACGAUUCACAGUCAUCAGAGUCGUCAACAUCCUCUUCAUGGACAAACGCGACCGAGCCCGUCGAACUCUCGCAGAACGAUGACACCAAAGGCCAGGCCCCGGCCGGGCAUCUCGAACUUUGUUCGUCACCCUCUGAGGACCAGUAUUGCGACAGCGUCAAAUCAGUCUCGUCGGCAACUUCCCAGCCCGAAAGCUUGGACGAGUCAACCUUUGUCCCACGUGUCCUUUCUCAAUGCUCUGCCGAUGGGCUUACAAGACGGACCAACAGCCGUAGGCCGACGGCUUCAACGAAGAGUCUCUCUGGCCCUUGCAGACUGAAAAGAGAUACCGACGGCACGGAACACUUCGUGUCGCUCCUCAUUAUCUUCGCUACAAGACUGAUCACUGCCAUCUGGCCAAUGUCGGCGUGCCCUCCUAUGACUUCGACAUGCUUCAAUGGUGCUGGCGUCUUGCCCUUACGUGUCUUCAUUCAGGAGACUCUCAGACGAUCCAAAUCAAGCUAUUCGACUUUGCAAGUUGCCCUGUACUACCUGAUCUUGCUCAAGGCAAAGCUAUCGUGCCGGCCUCAAAACGCCGAUGCUGAUGGCGAACAUGGUGUCGAACGGUCGCGUUGUCGUGCGAUGCAGUGCGGGAGACGCAUGUUCCUGUCAGCACUUAUGCUAGCCUCCAAGUACCUUCAAGACAGGAACUACUCAGCACGGGCUUGGAGUAAGAUAUCUGGCCUUCGGAGCAACGAAAUCAAUGAGAACGAGAGAAACUAUCUCCAAAUCAUCGAUUAUGAACUCCACGUGCCGAAGGAGUAUUUCGACGUUUGGAGCAAGAUCGUGUUGUCAUUGAGCCAGUUGUCAAGAGAGCAACCUCGCUGCCGGCCAGGUUCUCCCGGCUCUUCUGGAUAUUCCUCCCCUGGGACGGGGUCAAGCAAUUCGCUGGUUGAAAUGGUUUCACAAGUCGAUUUGGAAGAGCCAAGCGGACAUCAGGUGUUUUCUGAUUCUUGGUGGUGUGGCUUGAUCAAACGCCUUGAUCCGUGUCUUGUCAAGGACACCAAUCUGGCCGCUGAGUUUCUGCGCAGAAACCUGCCCCAGGAUGAUGCCGAUCAUGUCGCUUCCUGGACAUUCGACAAGCCGCCUAGUCCGCCCACCAGCCCGGAGUCGGCGUCUGGGUUGUACGAUAUGAACUUCAGCGACACGUUGAAGCCACGAUCCGGUGAAGUGCCUCAAGGUUCUACUUCCCGGACACCAACACAACUAAGCCCGGCUGGUACCACUGAGUUGCCGAUGCGACCAUAUCUCGCAAACCUACCGACACCACAAACCACUCCCCGUGUUGCUGACAACUGCGCAUCGCCGGCCAACAGCAGGCCUUCCCUUCGCUGUUCUGCGUCGGUAGAUGCACUUCGCAACAUGCGGAGGCAAUGCUUCACGAAUGCGAACUUGGAGCGCUGUCCUCCACCACGGCCGCAAGGCUGUGCCUUACCAUCUAUGAGAUCCCUCCUACGUCCUGCAGAGACAUACAGGGAAAAUUUAAGCAAGUCCACAACCCCUUGCACAUCUUCACCAUUAUCUGUCAUCACCGAAACGACGCCGGGCCUAACAUCACGCUCGCGGUCUUCCUCAAUCUCCUCGAACUCAUCAUGGACAUCAACUAUGCGAGUUGGCCAUGGAGAGCUUUCCAAUUCGUCACUACGGCGGGUUCGCUCAUCGGUAGAUUAUUACAGUGGAGAGGAGCUUUCUACAAAGGUGGCUGAACAUCAGGCCGCGACCAGCUCUGAAGUAGAUGCUGCACAACUUUUGCUAUCGCUCUCAGCACACUCUGAGACUUCAAGUCAAAGCACGACUCCUACCCCAAGCCGGCUUUCAGAGCAGGGCGUUCUGGCCGUGCAACCUUGUAGUGACGGCCCGAGAGGUCACAAGAGAACUCUGUCCAAGGCCGAUCACAAGUUGCAAGCCUUUGUGAGCCUAAACCUUGCGGCUGGCCCGAGGUCUUGUGAUGUUGUCGAUGACCCUCUACAGCCAUUCUAUGACACCAAUCCCAAACAAUGGCAGGUACCGGCUAGAAGCUGGGCAGGUCCGAGGCGAGCUUUGCCUAACGCGACCGACAACAAACGGCGUUGCUCAAUUCAGCAGUUCACUUCUGCACCAGACCUUGCGGCACGAUAUCUGAAGGAGUCCAUGAUGGCGGCU